GUUUGCUCAAAUUGUUAUUAUUGUUAAACGAACGGAGUUGUAACCGCGUGAAUUGUUUUGUUGGUUUUUUUUUUUAUUUUCUUGUUGUUCUUCGGUUGUUUUGAACGGUUUUUCGUUGGAAGUGAAAUUGUAUAUGUACAUAGUUAUAUACGAAAAGUGCACUCUCGAGGCUUUAGCAUAAAUAACAAUUAACACCAUAAAAUAACAAUGAAGAACCUCAUAUUCCUCGCGUGUGCAUUGUGUGCGGUUCAAGCCGUUCCAGUACCAGCUGAACAACCAAAUGAAUUAGAAAUUUUACAAAUUCCUCUACAGGGAAAUAAGGAAUUAGAUAUAGUUUCACUCGCAGACGACGAUGGUAAAAUCAAUGAUCGCAACAAAAGAACAAUCGGAAUUUUACGUGAAUUAUUUCCGGAAUUGUCAAAGGUAGCCUCAAAUGGGGAAAGUACAUUGGAUAUCGCUGCAUUAAAUGAAAAAUUAGAAACAAUAAAUCGGGUAGUUAGACAAACAGCGGCUGCACAGCAAGCGGAAGGUGACAAAUUAGAAGCAGCUGCAUCUGAUUCGCAGCGAGUUGAGUCAAAGGCACCGGCAAUCGAUGAAUUAUCUUUGGAUAAUGAGGAGACUGACGACAAUCGCAAUAAAAGAUUCUUGAGCUUUGGAUUCGGAGGCUCUGGCGGUUCAGGCGGUGGUGGAUCGGGCAACUUUUUAUUCGACAUCAUUCGGCGUACUGCUGAUCGAGCAGCUCGAACUGCAGGAACUGUGUAUCGAGUUGUUGCCGGAACGGAAACACUUGGCUUAGAAGACGAUUCGGGUGGACAAAACACUGCACAUUUACAGCAAGAUCAACAACAAACUAGUGACAAUACCUCCAGAACUGAAACUGAUGGACUAAGUAAUGGGCUUGUAUCGGGCAGCACUGGAACCGAACAUAGUGAUGAGAAAGACAAUGCAGCCGAUGAUGGUGAUGCUGGUAAAUCUGCCGAUGGAUAUACAGAAGGUAUUCCUGGACCGGUGACACGGCUAUUCGUGUUAGCUAAUAGAGGUUUAGCUAAUUUAGUUCAAGAUCUGAUAUUGCGCAUCGCACAAACCAGCGAACGAGUGGUCAACUUCAAAGCCAGACUUAUUACAUCACUGAUUUAAGCCCUUCCAUCGAAUGAUAGCACUGUUUUGAUAAUUUAUUAUUUAUUAUCUUUCGCUUGCUCAUGUUUGACUGUUUCUACCCAAAAAAAAAUAACAAAACAAAGAGAAUCAAACAAAACCUUCACUGCCAAUUUGUCUCUCAUUUCUUUUUUCAUUUUUAAUUCUCAGUGCCUCUCUUCUCCUAUCUAUUUAGGCUAUUUGUGACAAUCUAUCGUUUGGAUUUCUCUCUGCUAUUCCUUUCAGCUGAAACUAACACUUUCCUAGCACAGCGAACAAAAAAGGACAGGAUGUUCAAACGCCAUUUUUGCGUUCUAAUAAAUGGGGAAACUUUGAAUUGCUCUAAUGUGAAGGAAAAAGAAGUUUUAACAAAAACAAUUACUCAAUUCGUAUUGCUUCCCUGGAUCGCACCAAAACAAAUUUGAAUUUUUGCUCUCUCGGGUCAAAUUAACUUUUGAUGUUCCACAUUCCACACUGUGGAAUCGUUUAAUUUGUUCAACUUAACUUGGAUAUUCCAUUGUUACGACACUAUUUUGGCAUAUGAUUGUCAUUAGAUGUACAUUGUACAUGGAAUGACUUAUGAUAUUGAACAAAAAGUGGAGCGAAAAGAUCGUACGAAGAGCUAAAAAGUUAGUUUGAGUCACGUUGAAUAGAAAGAAAACCGAUCCAAGUAGUGUGUUGGAUGAAGUAUUUGUUUUUGCUAGAAAACCUUUUUCCUACUACCACCCAGAUAGUGAAGCACUGCCAAUCAAAAUUUUGUUUUGUUUUAAUCACAAGAAAAUUUGAAGUGACUCAUAGUCGAGCUCCUAGUUUGUUUUUGUUCGUGGACUAACAACACUCUACUUUUUUCUUUGUAUUUUUGUCUUUAAAAAAAACUGCAGCCAACAAAAUUUUCUUAGAAACAUUUCUCUCAUUCGAUUCUCUCAAUUUUUUGACCUCACGAAUAUUAUCCACUCAAUAUGUAUAUUGAUCUCGAAGUACUAGAUUAACGGGAAUCUGGCGCGACAUGUGCACAUUAUUCUAAGUAAAAAUUGAAUCUAGUGCUUCAGAGGCUAUACAAAUCAUGAGUGAAACGUGUGGAAUAUAAUGUUAAAAAAGAGAAUCGUUUCUAAAUGUAGUCUUGUUAGUUGUCGGUAUUUUAAUUUUUUUUUUAUUAUCGUUCCUUGAGUAUUAAAUUUUCCAACACACGCACCAAAACCAAACUCAAUUCCAUUAGUAACCAUUUUUGUUUUUUAAAAUCAGUUUUCAUUUUUUUUAAAUGUAUUUUUUCUGCUCAAAUUUAUGACUGUGGUGUUUUAUUUAAAUUAUUUUAAAAUAAACAAAAAAAAAUUUAAAAAAUUUAAAAAAACAAAAAACGUUUAGUAGUCGAUUAUCGUUACCUUAGUUUACUAUACAUGAUUGUGUAUUUAUAAUUCAAACAUUU